CCGAGCUCCCCGCGCGCUGAUUGGCUGCGGACGCCGCCGGUCCGGCUGGGAGGCGGAGCGGGCCGAAGGCAAAGGGAGGUGGGGAGGCGGUGGCCCGCGACUCCCCGCGCCCCGCUCGCCCCACGGCCCUUCUCGCGGCGCUCGGCCUCCUUCCUUUCCUCCUCCGCUCCCUUCGUCUUCCGUGCGCGCCCCGCGCGGCGCUCGGCCGGCGUGCCUCGCGCCCUAACGGGCGGCUGGGGGCGCCAAUCAGCGGGCGGCAGGGUGCCAGCCCCGGGGCUACGCCGGCGAAUCGGCGGGGCUCGCGGCCCGGGGUGGGAGGCGGGUCUACCCGCGCGGCCGCGGCGGCGGAGAAGCAGCUCGCCAGCCAGCAGCCCGCGAGCGCCGAGCGAGCCGCAGGGAGCCCCCUCCAUCCCAUCGGAAGAGGAAGGAACAAAAGGUCCCGGACCCCCGGAGCUGACGGGGCGGGACGCGGCCCCUCCGUGCAGGUUUGGCACAGGAGGCUGUUUUCCUGGUGUGGCUUGCUGCCUUUGGUAAGAACAUGUCGUCCAUCUUGCCAUUCACUCCACCAGUUGUGAAGAGACUGCUGGGAUGGAAGAAGUCAGCAGGCGGGUCUGGAGGAGCAGGUGGAGGAGAGCAGAAUGGGCAAGAAGAAAAGUGGUGUGAGAAAGCAGUGAAAAGUCUGGUGAAGAAGCUAAAGAAAACAGGACGAUUAGAUGAGCUUGAGAAAGCCAUCACCACUCAAAACUGUAAUACUAAAUGUGUUACCAUACCAAGCACUUGCUCUGAAAUUUGGGGACUGAGUACACCAAAUACGAUAGAUCAGUGGGAUACAACAGGCCUUUACAGCUUCUCUGAACAAACCAGGUCUCUUGAUGGUCGUCUUCAGGUAUCCCACCGAAAAGGAUUACCACAUGUUAUAUAUUGCCGAUUGUGGCGCUGGCCUGAUCUUCACAGUCAUCAUGAACUCAAAGCAAUUGAAAACUGCGAAUAUGCUUUUAAUCUUAAAAAGGAUGAAGUAUGUGUUAACCCUUACCACUAUCAGAGAGUUGAGACACCAGUUUUGCCUCCAGUAUUAGUGCCACGGCACACUGAGAUCCUAACAGAACUACCGCCUCUGGAUGAUUAUACCCACUCCAUUCCAGAAAACACUAAUUUCCCAGCAGGAAUUGAACCACAGAGUAAUUAUAUCCCAGAAACGCCACCUCCUGGAUAUAUCAGUGAAGAUGGCGAAACAAGUGAUCAACAGUUGAAUCAAAGUAUGGACACAGGCUCUCCAGCAGAACUGUCUCCUACUACUCUUUCCCCUGUUAAUCAUAGCUUGGAUUUGCAGCCAGUUACUUACUCAGAACCUGCAUUUUGGUGUUCAAUAGCAUAUUAUGAAUUAAACCAGAGGGUUGGAGAAACCUUCCAUGCAUCACAGCCCUCACUCACUGUAGAUGGCUUUACAGAUCCAUCAAAUUCAGAGAGGUUCUGCUUAGGUUUACUCUCCAAUGUUAACCGAAAUGCUACAGUAGAAAUGACAAGAAGGCAUAUAGGAAGAGGAGUGCGCUUGUAUUACAUAGGUGGGGAAGUUUUUGCUGAGUGCCUAAGUGAUAGUGCAAUCUUUGUGCAGAGCCCUAAUUGCAAUCAGAGAUACGGCUGGCACCCUGCAACAGUGUGUAAAAUUCCACCAGGCUGUAAUCUGAAGAUCUUCAACAACCAGGAAUUUGCUGCUCUUCUGGCUCAGUCUGUUAAUCAGGGUUUUGAAGCCGUGUAUCAGCUAACUAGAAUGUGCACCAUAAGAAUGAGUUUUGUGAAAGGGUGGGGAGCAGAAUAUCGAAGGCAGACAGUAACAAGUACCCCUUGCUGGAUUGAACUUCAUCUGAAUGGACCUCUACAGUGGUUGGACAAAGUAUUAACUCAGAUGGGAUCCCCUUCAGUGCGUUGCUCAAGCAUGUCAUAAAGCUUUGUCACCAAUCAGUCCCAACAAAAGACUUAAUGUAACAACUCUUCUGUCAUAGUAUUUGUGUAUGGUCCCCAUGGACUGUUGACUAUCCAAAAAUUCAAGAGAGAAAACAGCACUUGAGGUCUCAUCAAUUAAAGCACCUUGUGGAAUCUGUUUCCUAUAUUUGAAUAUUAGAUGGGAAAAUUAGUGUCUAGAAAUACCCUCCCAUAAAGGAGGACAAGAAGAUUUUAAAGACUUACUGAUGUCUUGUUGGGCAUAAAACUGAGUGUCCCAAAGGUUUAUUAAUAACAGUAGUAGUUAUGUGUACAGGUAAUGUAUCAUGAUACAGUAUCACAGUAUUGUGCUGUUUAUAUACAUUUUUAGUUUGCAUAAAUGAGGUGUGUGUGUGUGCUGCUUCUCGAUCUAGGCAAGCCUUUAUAAAGUUAUAGUACCUAAUCUGUUAUUCCCACUUCUCUGUUAUUUUUGUGUGUCUUUUUUAAUAUAUAAUAUAUAUCAAGAUUUUCAAAUUAUCAUUUAGAAGCAAAUUUUCCUUGUAGAAAAACUAAUUUUUCUGCCUUUUACCAAAAAUAAACUCUUGGGGGAAGAAAAGUGGAUUAACCUUUGAAAUCCUUGACCUUAAUGUGUUCAGUGGGGCUUAAACAGUCAUUCUUUUUGUGUGUGUGUUUUUUAAUUUUAUUUACUACUAAAUGUUAUUAUAAGGAAACCAUACUGAAAAUCUUUCCAAGCCUCUUGUCUCCAUUCCCACUUUUGUCCUGAUACCAAAACAGCAUAGCAUGACAUCACCACCAGUAAUAGUUGCACUGAUAUUGCUGGCACCAGUUAAUUCUGGAGUACAGUAAAAAUGCAUACCGAGUAAGUUCCCUUGUCUUACACCAAAUUUCAACAGGUGAUAAUUGACUUGUAUAACCUAGCAGUCUAUUGAUUUGUCCUUCCACCUCAUAAAAAAUGCACAGGUGGUAAUAUGAUUAUUUUCAGGGAUAUGCUAGAGUUACUUCAAUAUAUUUAUCCUUUUUUUAAAGCUAAUCUAUAAAUAUAAAUACUCUUUUUUAAAAGGUAUUUUAAAAUAUUUCAGCAGCAGAACUUCUGCUCUUCGAUUUGAAUAGUUCCAUUCAAUUUAGUUACCAUAUUGUAUUAUGAAAUGGACCUUUUGUAAAUAUAAUUAUUUCUGCAAAAUACCUAGAAAAGUGAUGCUAAGGUAUGAUCAGCAGAUAAGGAUCAUCUGUUUUUUAAAAUGUGUUGUAUUCAAUUUAUAAAUUGAAUGUUACUCUAUAUAAUUAUGAAUUCAGAAUUUUAAAAAUUGAGGGAGAAGCCAUUUAGCAAGUUUUUUUAGCUUAUUACCUGCAGUCUGAGCAGUUCUUAACUAAUCCUGGAUAUUUGGUUGACCAUAUUUUAUGCUCUGCAGUGCGAGGAGAUUCCAGAAGCUCUGUUGGUAGUACAUUCUGCAGCAGGUAGUUAGUUACUAUGUCUAAUGUUAACUCAUUGCAGUUUAAACAUUUCUUGUUUGCAUCUCAGUAGAAAUGGAAAAUAACCACUCCUGAUCCUCUUUUCGUAAAUAUUCAUAUUUUUGAAGAUAGAUGUCUUUGGUACUUGUUCUUGGAAAUCAUAUUCACCUGUAUCUAUAAGUAUCAUUUCGAUACUUUCAGCAUUUGGUUGUUUUCUAUUGGAAACUCCCCACUUUCCUAUAUUUGUGUGUAUAUGUAUGUGUUCAUGUAAAUUUGAUAUAGUAAUUUUUUAUUCAUUCGACAAAUAUUUAUUGUUCACCUGUUAUGUGCCAGGAACUUUAUUAGCCUUUGGGUAAAGGUGAACAAGACAGCUACAGUUUCUGCCUUUGCUGAAACAGCAGUUACACUAAUCCUUAAUCAUCUUACUUAUCUAUGAAGGAGAUAAACAGGGUACUGUGCCAGAGAGUAACGGAUGGGAUGGUUCAGGUAGGACAUCAAGGAACACCUCUAAGGAAGUGAUGCUGGAACUCACACCUGCCAUCGAAGGAGCAAGCAACGUGAAGAGCCAGGGGAGAUGAGCAUUCCUGGUGAAGAGAACAGCAUCAUAUGCAAAGGCUCAUAUACUAAAGGAAACUCAUGAGUAGGUAUUAAUGCUUUAUAUAGAAACCUCUAUAUACAAAUCCAAACUUGAAGAUCAGAAUGGUUCUACAGUUUAUAAUACGUUGAAGGUGGCCUUAUUUUGUGAUAGUCUGCUUCAUCAUUCUCACUAAUAUAUCUUCUUCCUCAAACCUUUGCUAUAAAAAUUUCUCAUUUGCACCAGGUCAGUACCACUUAAUUUAACAGCUCUUUCCUGUGCAAACUCUCACUAUUGUUGUGACCUGCUGCCCACUAUGACUUCUGCCUAUCUUGUGAUUAGAGUAAAUGUCCCAGGUAUUACCAUUAUCAGCAUGCCUAGAGAUAAUGAGUGGUUCCUUUGCCCUUUGGAAGUUUUUACUUGAGAACUUGUAGUGAUGUUAGGGGGGAACAGUUUUGGGGGCAUAGAACAACUUUGAGAGUGGUAGAAGAUUCUAGUAGUUACUCCUGCAUUGACAUGUUAAAUGAACCAGUGCCUACUAUGGCAUUUCAAUAGUGGAGCACCUCUCUCCAAUUCUGGUGUGAUUUUUCUAUAAAAUAAGAAAUUAGGACUCUUUGGAAAUACCUGUUGUAUUGAGUAGUUAUACCUGUUGAGCAGUCUACUUCAUCAUGGUGGUAAAACAUUUAUGUGAAUAUGUUUAAUGCUUUUUAAUGAGAUGCUGGGUUUUGCAUUUUAUCUACUGUGGCCUAAUUUUUAUUGAUUUCUCUCCCCUCUCUAGGUGUGGUUUUCUUUUUUUUAAGUGAUAGGGUCUCCUUCUUAUUGAAUUUUGUCUUUAUUAAACUAACAACAUUAUUUAGAAUUUAUCCUCCACAGUAUUGGUGAUUUUCUCAGUUAACCUGAGAACUGAAUGACCAUGCUUUCUGUCAGUUUCUAAGAUGAAUGGUGGUUUUCCCAGUGGGUUCUACAGAGAUACCUUGGGGCUGGCUUGGGGGCUGGGAGGCUGGUGAAGUUUCCACUGUCUUUGAUCUAACCAGUGUCAGCUUUAUUGUUAUUUUAUAUUCAAGUCCUACAUAAGACUUUUUUUGAAAAGAGUUUGUUUUCUAAAACAGGUUUGAAAAGCCUUUAUACCACUGGCUAAGAAAAUGUAAAGGGAUUUAGACCAGCCUUUUAUGAUAUAUAUUCAGUCAAUAAACAUUUGUUGAUGCCUAUUUUUUACCCAGCCACUGUGAUAAAUUUUGAGUAAUGAAAAGAUGUAGGAUGUAGUCAUGAGCCUUGAGCUGUGCUUGGUCUUGUAAAGUCAAGAUCUACCUUUUUGCCAGAAGGAAAUCUGCCUAACUUUCCUUGAAAGUUAAAUAUUCUUAUUCUGAGUAUAUAAUUGCUAAUUGUUUAAUAUCUAGUUACAGUUUUUACCUAAACUAUAUUCAGUUUUGCUUGAUUCAUCUUUUUAAACAUUAUCAUAUUUUUCUCCUUUGUUAAAGUUAUUUUAAUUUAACUUUAUUUGUGCCUUUAUUGUUAGUUUCUUCAAGACUAAGACUUUGAAGGUGAAAAACAAAUCAGUCUAGUGUCUUACUAGUUGAAAUAAAACAAAAGAGAAUAUAUACCCACUUGGUUUCUCUACCUCUUCCUAAAGCUGCCCAUAUACACCCUUAAGAUCCUUCUGUCUUUUUUUUUUUUCAGUUGCUAAAUACUUUGGGCAUUUAUUCAAUAUUAGGCACCCUCCUUGUCUGAGGGUAGAAUAGGGCAUAUAAAGUAACACAAGGCAAUCAUGACUGUACUUCAUAUAUAGUCUUUGCUUUAAAAGGUAAACAUUACAGUUUCUCAGUUUGGCCCGCAGAACAUGCCAAGGCCUCCCACCCCUACCCCACCCUGCAAGUAUCUCUUUAGAUAACUGAAUCUGUGGACAUGAGCAAUGAGUGAUCUUUUUUCUUACUGUGAUCUAGGGCUUUGAUGUUUAGACAUAUCGAACAUUUUCUGUUUAUCAACUGAAUUUUAUUCUUCCUUUCUUCUCCUGACAAUAUGUAUACAGGUGUACUUGCUGAUUGCCCCUUUUCCUGUCAGCCAUUCUGCAUAUAUCAGAAUGUUUCUCUCCUUUGAACUUAAUAACCAAAAAAUGGAGGGUGCUUUUCAUGCCUGACUCCUAAUUUCUUUAACAUGAAGGUUGAUAAGCUCAAAUUGGUCAAUCACUUAAAUCCUAAAAAUUCCUCAGAAAUUUGUUUCCAGUUAAAUGUCUUUGUGACUGGCAAUUGACAUACAUUAUCAGAUUGUAUUUUAAUUUAUGUUUAAGCUAAUGAACUUUUCUGGCAGUUUGCAGCCAGUGUUUUCCCUAUAAUACCAGCCCUGUUUCCAUCUUGAAGCAUAUUGGAUUGUUGCAACAUGUAUUCAGAACAAUCAGGAGUAAUGAUGAUAGUGUGUGGUCGCCAGAGGUAGUCACAGAGUCCUGCUGUUGAAUUCCGUUUAUACCUUCCUUUUCAAAUUUUCAUUAAUAUUUUGUUUGUGUAGGUAUUUUGUAUGUGGUGAUUGAGGGGCAAAUUAUUUCUUGGAGUAAAAUUCUUGUUUUGAGCCUCACAACCAGGAAAUAUGAGCUAUACUCAAUAGCCUCAUGAUAGCCUUUAUGAUAAAAACUUGUCUCAUAUGUUCAUGUAAUUUCUUGAGUAGGAGCUAUUUUAUCUUGGAUAUUAUAGCUAACUUAAUAUAUAGCAGAACUGCCUCAAUCUUUUUAGUAGAAAAUAAAGUAUAUAAUGUAUAUGUAUGAAUUUAUAUAUAUACACUUACACACAUAGAAAAUUAAGAGUUGGGGUCAUUUUAACAGUGUUAAAUGAUUCCAUUGUUCAUAUCUCACAUCUCAAUAAAAAGUUGUUAAUUUGCUUGUAGACAUUUUCUUUUUAUGGACAGACCAUCAGAGUAGAUUUUUUUCCUGCCAUAGUCCUAAUUUGGCAGUUCAGUUAGUAUGCCAUUUUUAGGCAACUUCACAACUAAGAAUCAUAGCCAGAAUUCAUUAAUAUCAAAUAAAGCUCUGUCAUAUACCCCUUCACUAAAUUAUUACACAUCCAACGGUCUCUGGAACAUACCAACUUAGGGUUGACUUUUCUUCCUUUCCUUCCCUCCAUCCCUCCUUUUCUGUCUUCCCUCUCCUCCUUUUCCCUUUUCCUUUCCUUCUUUCUUCCUCCCAUCUCCAUCCCUCCCUCCCUCCCUCCUUUCUUUUCUUCCUUCCUAUCUGUUAGAUUGUGCCCUCCUUUAAUUCUUCCCUUGGUGUGACAUUACUGCCUAAGUUACCCAGUGAAGUACCCCUGCAAGGUCAAGUUUUCGUGUAUCUCAAAGCCUGGAGGUGGUUCAGAUCUGAUUUUCUUAGCUGUGCUCAACAGAAUUGGAUUUUCCAAGGUUUCUUUCUUUGACCAUCCCUGACCCACAGGGGAUCUGGCCAGAGCAUAUUAACAUUAGUUAACUUCAGUGUCACUUGUUUUGCUCCCAUGAGAUCCAUAAUGGACCCCCAAAUUCACCAUUGCAAGGAAAAUAACAUUCUCCUACCCUCCAAAGAAAUAAGAGCUUAGUUUCUCCAAAAUUCCCAAUGUGUUCUGGAUGGGGGAUAGAGAUUUACUUCCUGUUUCUAAUUAAAGAUGAUAAUUUAUUGAACAGUGAGAUCUGUAUUAUGUUGAUUUUAGGACAAAAGUGAAGGUACAGAAUUAUAAAAAUACUUAGAUAUUGUAUAUUUUCCAUUUCUCACAAUUGACUGUUCUCCUUUUUCCCUGUGGCUUUAAAGUUUUUGGCUAUUUUACAAUGUUAGUCACUAGGUAACUUGGCAUAUUUCUAGUUCUAUAUUAAGUUCUACCCUUUACAAUGCUGUAUCAUAAAGUUGGUUCUCAGCAUUUGUCUGUAGGAAUAGAAAUCUUAUUAAAGUCUCUGUUCUUCCAAUAAGAUUUUUCUUUUUUCAUUAAGUCCUUAAGAAAAUGUUUGCCAUUGUUAUUAUUCACAUUCUUGAUUGUUCAAACUGAAAAAAAGUUGAGAACUGUAGGGUCAUUUUCUGGUGAAUAUAUGUACCUGCCUUAAAAAUGUGAUCAUUUGUUGGUUGCGUAACUAAUACACACAGAUUAAACUUGUGAGAAAUAAUUAUCAUAUAUGUAACAAGUAGGUAACAUGCAUGGAUUUUGAGGUUGUUUUUUUUUUAAAUUUGGCAAAAUGCAGAAGCCAAAUUAGUAUUUUCUUACACCAGCUUUACCUCAGACCUCAUUUUUGGUUUUUUGACCCUGACUUUUAAGACAUAAAUAUUUGUAUCUUUUUAGUAGUGAUAGUGAAGCUGUGACAUUAACCAUUUUAUACAAAAGCAAGAAAAACUAUAGAGAUUAAAAUGGAAGCAGUUCCGCAAUUGUUAAACUAGAUUACAGCAUUGUAGGCAAAAUAAAAAUGUUCAUAUCUGAAAAUAUUCUUUUUGCCAUCUUUUCCCAAGGCCAGAUCUUCUGGUGGAGCACAGUUAAAAGUAACAUUCUGGGUCUUUGUAAUCUGUGGGAAGUAUCUCCAUUUGGCAAUCUUUUCAAUAUAUGACACAAAAAUGUGGGAAAUAGUUGGCAUAAGAAUGUUUUCACCUAAAAAAAGAAUGUGAAAAGACCUCUAAAACUGGAUUAAUCUCAAAAAGAUACAAUAAGAUACUAUAUACUAUAUAACUGGACAAAGCCAGAAGAACCUUUAGAAAAUUUGUCUGAAAACUGAUUUCAAGAGUGAACUUUGAUACACUGCUCACUAAUUUGCUUGAUUACUACCAACUAUUCUUAGUUACCACCUUUAAAUACGCUAUUUCUGGACUUCCUAGCUUUUUAGCAAGCUUGGAGGAACUAGCCAUUAGCAAGUAACCUAAAAAUACUUGGGAGGGUGGGCCUAAUACCCUUAAAGGUAGCCUUAUGCUCUUGAAAAUUCUUACCUUUUCUCUAGCAAUUUUAAGGGAGGAGUGAGUGAUGUGUUUAAGGCACCCAGCUGCCCUGGUGUUGCCUGGGACCAAGAGAUUUUUCUGGAUGCAGGAUUUUCAUUGCUAAACCCUGGCAAGUCCUAGGCACACCAGGAAGAGCCGAGCACUUGAGGUGUUCUUGUGUUGCCCUCACUUCUUUAUGUUGUGAUAGGGCAGCUGAAUUUAGUAGUAACUAUGGCUGUCAACAUUUCUGAUACUUAUUGGGAUAUGUGUUGUCCGAUCACAUAUUACUGUGGGUAGAACGUGACAUUUAUAUCAAAUAAUAGCUAUAAGUACCAUCAUGGUGGUGAGACUAACACUUAGUGGUCCAGCAAAGGUAACUGGUGGUUUAAUGGAACAGAGAAGAAGCAGCUAGAUAGCUAAAUUCUUCUGAACCUGUGUACAGAUGUCAGUACAGAUCAUGUGUCCUUAUGGGGUUAAAUUUAAUCUGAAAUUUAGAUUUUUCACAGUAAAAGAAAACUAAGUGUGAUUGUGGAUUUCUUUUCUUGUGAGAGAAAAUAACGGCCUUUGACGCUCUGGCCUAUACUGCAUUUUCCAGUCUAUCCUGUUCAAGAAGCCAGAAUGUGGUAUUAUAUUUCUUUUGGUGACUAUUGUAUUGAAAUUAUUAAAUGCAUCAGCCAGUGGCAGGUGAAGGAAUUGAGUGUCCUGAUACAGACUGAGCAGUUGCUCUCAAUUCCUUAGCCUCCUACUCCUAUGGUGCUUACCAGCUAGACUGAGCACAUGAGGUAAGAUUUUUCUAAUAUGGCAUUAACUUUGUAAUGCAAUAUGAUGGAUGCAGACUCUGUUCUUGUUUCCCUCUGGUAGUCCUCAGUGGCUGCAUCCUUUGUGCACUGUGAUGGAGAUGUUAAAUGUGUUCUUUGUAAGCUUUCAUUCUAUGAUUGUCAAAAGUAUGAUGUCCUUUUUAUUAAACAAUGAGCUGAGGCUUUAUUACAGCUGGUUUUCAAGUUAAAAUUAUUGAAUACUGAUUUCCUUCCCCCACCCACACCAAAUAUUUUAGUUUAUUUAAAGUACAAAAAAAAAAAAAAGAAAAGAAAAAAACUGCUUAAGAAAACAUUGCUUUACAUGUCCUGUGAUUUCUGGUCAACUUUUAUAUAUAUUUAUGUGCAUCUGUAUGUGCUUUCACUUUUUACCUUGUUUGCUCUCUACCUGUGUUAACAGUACUGUCACCAUUGAAAGUGGACAGUUUUCCUAGCAUUAAAAAAAGCCAUUUGAGUUGUU